CAUUCUUCUGAGCGACCAUAUUCUUGUGAUCAGUGCCAAGGAUCUUACAAAACAGAAGAACAUCUUAAAAUACAUAAAAUCAAUGUACAUCAUCAGAAAAGAUUUCCUUGUCAAUCAUGUGAUAAAUCAUUUAAGUAUAAAAUUUCUCUAGAAAGACAUUUUACAUCUAAUCAUAAAUUAGUGAAGCCUCAUAUCUGUCAUAUUUGUGGGAAGGGAUAUUAUUCUAAAUCUAGUUUAGUGGACCAUAUUGCCAGACACUCGAAAGAGAAACCAUAUAAAUGUAAUGUAUGUGAUCAAUAUUAUCAUUCAGAGAAAUUACUAUCCCAGCAUACAGUUCAUCAUUUCGCCUUGUUAAAACAUCAAUGUGAUCAGUGUGGAAAAUCUUUCAAAAACAUGGGAAAUUUACGGAGACAUCUGGAACAACAUGAGUCACAGCGGAAAUAUGUCUGUGAAAUCUGUCAAAUGGCUUUUACUUUAAAACGAUAUUAUACUCGUCAUAAGGUUAUACAUGACCCUCAGAGAACAGUUUACAAAUGCGACGCAUGCUUUAAGCAAUUUGCAAAUAAAACGAACUUAGAUCGUCACAAGGUGACGUUACACAGUGAUGCUAAACCAUUCCAAUGUGACGUCUGCUACAAGGCUUUUAAGUUAAAAACUCUUCUGGAGCAACAUGCUAGGGUCCACAAAGAGGAAAAAGACUAUAGUUGUAAAUUUUGUAAGAAGAAAUUUUCGUUUAACAGUAGUCUCCAUUCUCAUAUUAAAAAUCACCAUAAGGACGAAAUUAUUUCCGAAUCUAAAACUCCACAAGCUUCUUUUAAGUGUAAAAUUUGUGAGAAUCUGUUUUACUCCAAGUCAGCCUUGACUUCGCAUUAUAAAUUUCAU